UUCUCCUUGCGCUCCUCACAUUCGCAUGAUGGCAUCAGAUCCAGGGCUACUGCCUCUCCUUCUGUGGAUUAUUUCCUUGCAGGUGCUGGGAUCCAAAAGCACAGCCAAUAAUGAAGUAAAUCUCCUCGACACCUCGACAAUAUCAGGAGACUGGGGCUGGAUGACGUAUCCGUCUCACGGGUGGGAUGCAAUUAACGAAAUGGACGAAUACUUCAGCCCCAUUCAUACCUACCAGGUGUGCAAUGUCAUGAGCCCCAGCCAGAGCAACUGGCUCCGAACCAAAUGGAUCCAACGCAACGGCGCUCACCGUGUCUACGUGGAGAUCAAGUUCACUCUCCGUGACUGCAACAGCAUGCCAGGCGUCCUAGGCACAUGCAAGGAGACCUUCAACCUGCACUACUGCGAGACGGAACGUGAUGUGGGUACCAGCCUCAGAGAAAACCAGUUCUCCAAGAUCGACACCAUUGCAGCAGACGAGAGCUUCACCAACGUGGACCUGGGAGUGAGGAGGCUUAAGCUUAACACCGAGGUGCGCGGCGUGGGGCCUCUUAGCAAGCGUGGUUUCUACUUGGCCUUUCAGGACAUCGGUGCCUGCAUCGCCAUCGUCUCGGUUCGGGUUUACUACAAGAAAUGCACAGGCCUAGCGAGAAACCUGGCUGUGUUCACGGAUGUGGUGACGGGGGCGGAUUCCUCUUCUCUGGUGGAGGUCAGAGGUCAGUGCGUGGAUCAUGCUGAGGAGAAGGAUACUCCCAAGAUGUACUGCAGUGCUGAGGGCGAGUGGCUUGUCCCCAUUGGACGGUGUGUGUGCAGUGCUGGCUUUGAAGAGCACAGAGAGGCUUGCAUCGCCUGCGAAGUGGGCUUCUACAAACCUGUGGCAGGAGAUCAGCUUUGUGGAAAAUGUCCUCUUCACAGCCACUCAGAGACCAGAGCGGCUCUCACAUGUCCUUGUGAUGCCAACUUUUUCCGUGCAUCUUUUGACCCUCCUGGUGCUCCUUGCACAAGACCUCCCUCAGCACCUAUAAAUGUGAUUUCUUCUGUAAACGGGACCAGUGUUAACCUGGAAUGGGGUUCUCCUCUGGACACAGGCGGCCGUACGGAUCUCACCUAUGAUGUGCAGUGCAAGAUAUGUGUAAAGGAUGGAGGGCAGUGUGAGGACUGCAACGUCGGAGGAAACUCUGUCAAUGGAAUAUUAGGAGCUGCUGUUGGAGCCCAAGCAAGUUCCAAUGGAGGAUCAACGGGAAGUGGAGGAGGGUUGGGUUUAAGUGGAUUAGUCUCACGAGCAGGAGUCACUUCAGUCAGGUUCAUCCCCCAGCAGAAGGGACUGACAGAGCCAUGGGUAAACGUGGUUAACCUAGCGGCCCACACUAACUACACCUUCCGCAUUCUGGUGAUGAAUGGAGUGACUUACCGGAGCAAGGAACCAUUGCCUUACAUCAUGGUCAACAUUACGACAAAUCAGGCAGCUCCGUCUCAGGUGAUGGCUAUCCGUCAAGAAAAUGCUAGCACAAAUAGCAUCACCCUUAUGUGGCAUGAACCUGACCAACCUAAUGGAGUAAUCCUGGAGUAUGAUAUUAAAUAUUAUGAAAAGGAGAACGAGCAGCACAGCUAUUCCACCCUGAAGUCAAAAACAACAAGUGCUAAAGUGUCCGGGCUCAAACCGGGCACCAGCUAUAUCUUUCAGAUCAGGGCCAGGACCUCGGCUGGGUGUGGCCGCUUUAGCCCUUCCGUAGAAAUCCAGACUGGAAAAGCAGCCCCCUUACGUUACAACACUGUGACAAUUAUCUGGAUCUCCAUGGCACUGGUCUCGGGGAUCAUCACCUUUUUGGCUCUAAUCAUCUGCAGAAAACGGCAAGAGGAGUACUUUGAAUUACACUGUGGCUACAGCAAGGCGUUCCAGGAUUCAGACGAGGAAAAGAUGCAUUACCAGAAUGGGCAUGUAUCAUUUCCAGAAGCCAGAUUUUAUAUUGAUCCCCACACAUACGAGGACCCAUGCCAGGCUGUCCACGAGUUUGCCAGAGAAAUUGAAGCUUCCCGGAUCAAAAUUGAGAAAAUUAUUGGUUCAGGAGAGUUUGGGGAAGUGUGUUAUGGCCGUAUGAGGCUGCCUGGGAAGCGGGACGUCCCUGUGGCCCUAAAGACUCUGAAGGUCGGCUACACUGAGAAACAGAGGCGAGAUUUUCUAAGUGAAGCCAGCAUCAUGGCCCAGUUUGACCAUCCCAAUGUGAUCCGUCUGGAAGGAGUGGUAACACGAAGUAAACCGGUAAUGAUCAUUACUGAAUACAUGGAGAAUGGCUCUCUGGAUUCAUUCUUAAGGAGACACGAUGGUCAGUUCACCAUCAUUCAGCUGGUUGGGAUCCUCCGAGGCAUUGCUGCCGGCAUGACGUAUCUGUCAGAUCUCGGCUACAUCCAUCGGGACCUGGCUGCAAGGAACAUCCUGGUCAACAGCAAUCUGGUCUGCAAGGUUUCAGACUUUGGUUUGUCACGGGUGUUAGAGGACGACCCAGAUGCAGCUUACACAACCACUGGUGGAAAGAUCCCAAUCCGCUGGACGGCUCCCGAAGCAAUCGCCUACCGCAAGUUCUCCUCGUCCAGUGACGUGUGGAGUUACGGAGUGGUGAUGUGGGAGGUGAUGUCCUAUGGAGAGCGGCCGUACUGGAACCUUACAAACAGAGACGUAAUAAAGUCAGUGGAGGAAGGCUACAGGCUUCCAGCGCCGAUGGGCUGCCCUGCUGCUCUCCACACGCUCAUGCUGGACUGCUGGCAAAAGGAGCGUAGUGAACGGCCCAGGUUCUGCCAGAUCGUCACAGUGCUGGACAAGCUUAUCCGCAACCCAGAAAACCUCAAGUCAAUGGACACAUUGUGCAGACUGAACAGCCCAUUGAUGAACAGAAGCAUUCCUGAUUUCACAACCUGCAGAUCAGUGAAUGACUGGUUGGACACCAUCAAGAUGGGCCGCUACAAAAACCACUUUGCGGCAGGAGGUUAUCACACACUCGGUCACGUGAUGAGCAUGAAUCAAUAUGACAUUCAGAAGCUGGGGGUUACGCUGAUGGGUCAUCAGAAGAAGAUUAUGACCAGUGUCCAGGUGAUGCGAGCGCAGGUGUUAAACCAGAGCGUGCCGUCGGUGCACGUAUAAUCACCUGCUGUUUCAAUAUAAAUACAUAAUCAUCCGAUGUGUCUGUUCGGGUCGUGUGUUACGAACUCUUAAAGACUCUCCUCUAAAAAGAGAACUUCAAGAGGACUCUGAAUUUCAAGGGUUUUCUUCUCAACACUGGAUUUUUUUUUUUUUUUAUAGGAAAAUCCCUGCAUUCUUUCUAUGAAAAUUUCUUGAACAUUUUGUUGUUUUUCUCUUUUUAGUAAAGCUGAAGAUGCCUGCCUUAAAGACCAUGGGUAAUUUAAAUAUCGGUGUAUGUAUAUAUAAAGGAAGAUUUAAUGAAUGCUUCUGAUGUAUAGAUAAAAGCGGGAAAACUUCACAGCAUUAAUGAAAGUGGUGGGAAUGCUGAGGAAAAGAAAGGUAGACGAGCUUAUAAAAGUGCAUAAGCUAUAAUCUGAGUGCUGUGAACCGGUUUCUCGGCAAAAAUAAAAAAAAAUAAAAAUGAUAAAUAAAUAAUUAGCAAAAUUACUCCUAAUUUUCUUAACAAAAGAAAUGACAGUAAUGGCACUUUAAAUGUCCAUACAACAAUAUAUAUAUAUAUAUAUAUAUAUAUAUAUAUAUAUAUAUAUAUAUAUAUAUAUGUAGAUUUCUGCUUGUUAGUUUUUCAAUUCUUUAUAAACCAUAUUUUUAAAAACCCACACGUUCUGCAUCCCUUUAACAACGAUAUCUUUGGCUUUUCACGGAAUAAUUAAUUAUGUGCAUAUCAGCUACUUAAAGGUCAUUUGUAAUGUUUUUUUCAGCCUGUUACUGAGUGUGCUGAAUGCGCUUCAGCUUCUGUCUGCUGUUUUAAAAGAACAGGAGACUAGAAUGUUCUUUAAAAGAGAAAUAUGAAGCUUGUGGAAUUUGUGCUGCUGUAGUUCUCUUACCGAACAAUGAUUCACACCACAGCUUCAAUAACACAGGAGUCCAUCUUUUGCUAAUAAUAUUCCCUUCAGAAAGGUAAUGUGAUAAAUGUCAUGAUAAUAAUAUAAUCUAUCUUAAUAUUUAUUACCGGAUUUUCAGGAUAGUUGUUAGAGGUAUGCAACUCGGGGUGUAAGGUCGGACUAACAGUGUUACUCAGACCUUCUUACUGAACUUCAAUUCAUAUGAAAUGUACAUUCAUAAAAUCUUUACAGCU